AUGUCAUCGCCCGUGGAUGCCGCCAAUGGGUCGCCGGUAGCUCCUUCUGCUCUCUCGGGAGAUGUAGAACGUAUCAAGGAGCUCGUCCGUCUGUCCUCCGGCUCCGGCAUCAGCCACCAGAUCUUCCGAAGGUCCUUCCACGCAAACAUCACCCAAGAACACAUCCUCAGCGAGCUCGAAUCUCUCCAGAAGAGACUACGCAAGUCGAGACCAUCCACCCGCAACCCAAGUCCAGACUCUGAAGAUGAGUCUCUCUCCGACGCCGACCUCGAGCGAGCACAAGACCAGCACCUACAAGAGCUAUCACAAGUCCGAGAAGAGCUGGAAAGGGUCAAGCGCGAACGAGAGCAAUGGUUGGAAAAUGCCGAGAAUCGCAUUGACAUCUUGAUCGAUGAGAAAGAGCAGGUUGCUACUCAGCUGAAGCAAGUUGUCAAAGAGUUGGAAGAGAGCCAGACACAACGAGACCAAAUCAAGCAGUCUCUCCAGGAGCUUGUCUCAAAAAACAAGGCCUUGACUUCGCAAAAGGAAGAGAGCCAGAGCCAUUUGUCACAACUGCGCAGCGACAGCGAGAAGUACCAGAAGCUGCACCAAGAGGCUACUGUAUCGCUCCGCAAACUCGAAGAGGCUUCCCAAGCUGCCGAGGAAGACAAGGAGAGUCUUCAUACUUCUCUCCAAGCCGUUAACAACAAGAUUCAAGAGCUGGAACACAACAUUGCCGAUGCUUCGGCUACCGCUGCAGAGGCAAAGUCACAGAUCGAGAAAUUAGAAGAACUUCAAGCCACUUUGCGCGAGUCUCUAAAGGGCAAGACAAACGAAAUCGUCGCCCUCGAACAAGCGAACGCACAGGUUGCUGAAAGUCUUCAAAAGUCCAUCCAGGACAGCCACGCCAGGCAGCAAGAGGCCGACGAGGCUCUGAACAGCUUGAAGUCGUCCAAGGCCAACAUUGACGCCGAGCUUGCAACUUUCAAGGAGAAGGCUACCGAAUUGGAAAAGCAACUGGCAGCCGCCACUCAAGCAUUGGAAUGUGCAACUUCUGAGCGCGACGAAGAGAAGCGCAAAGCCGAACAAGAGUUGCAAUCGCUCAAGGGGGAGAAGGCUACCGUCGUCGCAGAGCUUGAUGAUGUCAAGACACAGCUCUCUUCAACCCAGAAAGAAAGACAAGAUGCUGUACACGAGCUUGAGCAAGCCCUGAGUCAGCAUACCGAGGCUCAGAAGGCUAUCGAAGACUCUCUUGCCAACAAGACCAAGGACUUGGAAGCUAUCCGCUCCGAGCUUUCAAAGGCUCAAGACGAUCACACACGCCAAAUUGAUGACCACAAAUCUUCUUCACAGAAGAUUCAUGAUGAUCUCAAGCAACAACACGAGGCCGUUCUCCAAGAUCUAGCUACUGUCCGCCAAAAUGCAGCAGAAUCUGACAGCACUCUCAAGACGAGACUAGCAGAGGUCGCAGGAAAACUUGCAAAAUCGCUGAAAGAUGUCAAACAAAGAGAAGAGGACGACAAGCAAAGCCGAGCACGUAUUGCCGAGAUUGAAUUUCAACUCAGUGCUUCUCAGGAUAAUGCUUCAUCGCUCAGCAAGGAUCUGGAACAACACCGCCAAUCGAAGCACGAAAUCGAAUCACAACUGACUUUAUUGAAGGAACAAGUCACUUCUUCCAAGGAAGAGCUUGGAAGUCUCCGCGAGUCUAAAGAUCAAAUUGAACAGCAACUCGCGUCUUCUCAGGAGCAAGCGUCGGCUUCGAGCAACGAGCUCGAAUCUUUGCGCAAAUCCAAGAUAGAGGUCGAACAACAACUGGCCGUCUCUCUCAAGGAAGGUUCAUCAGCAUCGUCGGAGCUUGUGGAUUUGCGACAAGCAAAACGUGAUCUCGAGCAGAAGGUUCGAUCUCUGCAAGAAGAAGUCUUCCAAUCUAGCGAGGAGUAUGAACAGCUUCGCCAGACCAAGAUCGAUAUCGAGCAGCGUUUGACCACCUCUGAGGAGAGGACAACUGCCCUGUCCAAUGAUGUUGCUCAAGUGCAACAAUCGAAGGUUGAAGUGGAGAGGUUGCUUAAUCUUUUCCGUGAGAAGGUGUCUACGUUGUUGGCAGAGAUCAAGCAGCUUCGCGGCUCCAAAGAUGAGAUUCACCAGCAGCUUGCUGCUUCUCAGAAACAAGCAUCACAGGCUGCUCAUGAACUCGAGCAACUCCGCGACGCCAAGCGUGAAGUUGAACAGCAAUUGGUCAGCUCUCGUGAGCAAGCAGAUUCCGCAUCAAAGGAGCACAAAACACUACGCGAAUCCAAGGUUCAGGUUGAACAAGAGUUAUCGCAGUUGUCAGCUCAUCUCGAAGAGUCUCGCAAAAGUUUGAAAGAUCUGCGUGAGGUCAAGGGCAAGGAAUUGGCAGACGCUUCGGAAGCAUUGCAGAAGACGACCAAGAAACUUGCUGAGGUCGAAAAGUCCAAUGAAGCUACCCGUGUGCAAGCGGAGGGUGAUCAUCAGGAAGCAGUGAACAAGUUACGCCAUGAACUUGAGGCUGCACUGAAGGCCGCUACGGAACAGUCGAAUGCUGAGCUGGCUGAUACCAAGCAAGCUCGUGAUUCUGCUAUCUCUGAGCUUGAGCGUCACCUCGAUGAGAUGAAAUCAGUCAUGUCAUCCCACGAGACCGAGCUGAAGCAAGUCAAGGAAGAUGCUCAGCGUCAAGUUCAGGAAGCUCGCGCUGUACAGGACGAGCGAGAGAAGAAGUAUCUCGAUGAUCUUGAGUCUGCCAAGCAAGCCCACGAGUCUGCCUAUGCUACGUUGGAGAAGCGACUCCAAGACGCAGCGCAGAGUCACAAGUCUAUGCUCAUGGCCGUCAAGAAUCGUUACGAGGAGAAGAACGCCGAGGCUCAAAGCCAGCUCGAAGCUGAAGUACAUGAAAGCCGUCGACUCCAACAGGAGAGCCAAAAGGCUCUUGAGGCUGCAGAGCAUCGUGCGAGCGAACUUGAGAAACGCGUUGUCGAGGUGCAGACCGACCUGACAGUGCAAGUCCAAGAAGCUAAGAAAGAAUACCAAUCAGUCAACACAGAGCUCGAAUCCACCAAGUCCAAGCACGAACACGAACUACAGACCUUGACGAAGACUCACGAGGAACAACUUGUUUCAGAAAAGCAACAACGCCAAGAUUCCGAAAACGCUGCAAGAGAAAAAUCAGCGCAGAAGAUCAAGGAGCUUGAAAAGUCAGUGAAGGAUGCCAACAGUGCACAGAGCACACUCAAGCAGCGAUUGGACACUUUGAAGACAGAGCAUCAAACAAAGCUCGAAGAUAACAAUAAGCAAGCUACAGCAACUCAAAAUGAACUGCAAAAUCAAUUGGAAGCCUUGAAAGCCGAACAUGAAGACAAGCUUCGUGCUUCUCAACAAGUGGCUGAAAAGGCUCAAGCCGAAUUGAAGCAGCAGCUUGAGCGUCUGCAGCAGGAGCACCAGUCAGCACUCGAUGCAGCGUCAGACAAAUCCAGAAUUUCCGAAGAGUCCUUGGCCCAGAACAACGAGGCGCACGCAAAACAAGUCCGCCAGGUCGAGGCAAAACAUGAGAGGCGCGCUAAGGCGGCUGAAGAAGAGCACUCAAAAACGCUCGACACUGUUCUUGGGCAAGUCGCUAAGGACCACAAGGAGCACGUCCAUCAGCUUGAAGACACACAUGCCUCAGCCCUCAAGGAUGUCAAGACCAACCAUGUUAAGAAUAUUGGUCUUCUUCGCGACGAGCUCAACAAGCGUCAUGAGGACCGCCUCGUCCAGCUUGAAGAGACUCAUCGUUGUACUUUGAAGGACACAGACGCCAAGCUUCGUGAAGAACUUGAAGAAGUCAAGAGAAUUUCUAAUACUGCCUCCGUAGAGACUAUGCACAAGCACCAGCAGGAGAUUGAGAAGCUGAAUGCCAAACACAGUGCGCAGCUUGAUGAGGCUCAGAAUGCUUCUGAGAGUAGAUUUGCAGAGACUCUGCAACAGCACAAGCAAGAAGUCGAAGAGCUGGAAGCCAAGCAUCGUGAGCAGCUGGACAAAACCAAGAAGGCUUCCGAGAACACUUCUUCCGAAGUUUCUCAAAAGCACCAACAGGAGCUCGAAGAGUUGCAAAACAACCAUCGUGAGAAGCUCGAUCUUCACGAAAAGCGCUCCGCCGAAGCUCGUCAAAUCGCCGAAAAGCAAGUGGAGGAACUCAACGAGCAGCUUAGCAAACUCCACCUGGAUAACCAGACUGAGGUGUCCUCGCUUCGUGAGGAGGUCGAGAACAAGUCCACGGAGACUCAGCAAAUUCAGAGGGAAAUUCAGACUCUUCGUCAGGAAGCCAGCGACGCGAAAGCGAAACACAAUGGCUUGCAAGCUCAGAUUGAGAAGCUUAGUCAGGACCACCAGGGCCAACUUGAGUCUCAUGCACGCGGAUCAGAAGAGAAGCUGGCCGAGCUCAAGCGCUCUCACGAGGCGCAAUUAUCCGCAGUUCGUGAGGAAGUCGAGCAAGCCAAAACUACCGAGUUGCAGACACAAUUGGAUGCCCUUCGUCAAGAUCACGAGAAAGAACUGAGCAGCCGCACCACUGAAUCUGAUGAGAAGCUCUCUGAGCUCAAGCGUACUCACGAAACCCAACUGACCACUGUCCGUCAAGAAGUGGAGCAAACUAAGACUGGCGAGAUGGAGACACAGCUGGAAGCCCUCCGCGAACAGCACAAAAAGGAUCUCGACGACCACACCGCUGGACACGACAAUAAGACUGCAGAACUGAGGAGCAGUCAUGAGCAAGCUGUCGCCGAUGCUCAGCGGAUUGCAGGGGAGGCUGAAGCAAAGUUGCAGUCCCAGCUUGACAACCUCCACGAACAACAUAAGAAGGAGCUCAGCAACCAUGCUGCUGACACAGACCUUAAGCUCGUUGAGGUCAACAAGCGUCAUGAGCAAAAGCUUUCGGAAGUACAACAAACUGCCGAGAAGGCUCGAGCCGACCUACAGUCCCAUCUUGAGCAGUUGGAAGCUAGCCACCAAAAAGCUCUGGGAAUUCAAGCCGACGAGACUGUGACCAGACUCACAGUAAUGGCUUCGAACCAUUCGGAAGAACUGGCGAAGGUUCAACAACUGCUAACGACCAGCCAGGGAGAAGCAGAGACGAAGCUUGAGCAAUUGAAGCAGAGCCACGAAGAAGAGAUCGCCUCUGUCCGCCAACAAGCCGACGACCAACGACUCCAAGCUGUCCAAUCACAUGAGCAACAACUCUCGAAGCUCAAAGAAGAAAAGAAAGAGAAUCAAUCAUCGGCCGUGCGUGUGCAACAAACCCUUCAAGAAGAGCUCCAGCAAGAAAAGCAAAAACUGACCGAAGUAGAAGCAAGGGCUCAAGAGAGUAGUAUCAAAGAGACGCAAGAACGGGGCCGACAACUAGCUCAGGCUAAGGAGGAGCAUGAAUCCGCAGUCGGAGGGAUGAGAGCUGAGCUUGCGGUCACCAACCAAAAGCUCGAGCAGACAGAGUCGGAUAUGCUGAAACUUGCUGGGGAGAGGCAGGGUUUGAUGGACGAGUUGGACGCAUUGAGAAAGGAGAUGGAGAGUGAAAAACAACGGCAGAUUGCGACAGAAGAGGAAAGAGCUACGACAUUGAAUUCAAGACUGAUUGAGGAGAAGAAAUUGGAAACCAUACUGGCCACUGUGGAAAACGAACGACAAGAAGCCGCUCUCACCAUUGCACAGCUAACUUCCGAAAAAGACGACAGCUCCAAGGAGUUUGAUGUCUUGACAUCCCGGUUGGAAAACCUUACCAUUGAGUUAGAACAAACUAAGCAAAGCCUGGUCGACAAUGGUACUGAUUCAGACUCGAAGCUCAGGGACCUCCAAGCACAGCUCCAAGAGACGCUAGCAGAGAACGCAUCGCUCAGCAAGCAAAGUCAACUACUCAGACCCACGACGCCCCUGAACAAGACGAUUUCUUAUGGCAGGUCAGCUUCGGUCGGAAGUUUGAGCCAGAGAUCAGGUGCGGAAGACUACUUUGGCCGUUCAGAGUCCGAUUUCUCUGAUAUGGGCAAGGUUAUUUCUGCCAAUGAGGCUGUUUUCACCCAGAGGAUCAAGGAGCACGUUGGCAACUUGGAGCAAGCCAGAGAUCAACUUAGCCACAUGUACAAGCAGAGGUUUGAUACCAUGGUUGACGAGAGGGAAAGACGCGAAGAGCAACUCGAAUCUCAGCAUGACACUGAGCUCGAAGCUGCUCGUAACAAACUGAGGGCAAGUUACUCUCAACCUCUCUACAAUACUGGCAUCAAGACUUCGGCUUCUACACCCUUUGACGGACACGUCGACGAGUUCCAGAUUCAAGACAAACGACUGAUCUUGGAGCAUUCAGAGCGACUCGCGAACAGGAAAUCGCAAGUCCAACACCAUCACAACCAGCAGUUCCAAGCCCUGAGCGAAGAAUACGACAAGAAGAUCGCCGAGCUACUAGGCGAAAAAGACAUGCUGGACUCCGACCUCAGUAUCGGGCCUGAACGCUUCGAGGAGAUGUCCGAGCAGAUUGACCGCUUGCACAACGCAGCCAACAGCCCGGCCUCCAUACGCCACAAACCUUUACGCUCAGUGACCUCCAUCGACCAAUUCCAAGGCAACCAGCACCUCUACCGCAACAUCGAAUCCUACCGCCCUACGCGAGCAGAAUCACCUGGCUCCUUGUCGCGCCCCGGAUCCGCCGACCCUAGUCAUGGCUCACUCCGCCGCAAAACCAGCCACGGCCGCUUGUCACAAUUCAUCGGCAAAAUGUCCUCGCCAUUCUCUUCUUCUCGCAGUUCUCGCUCCUCUACCUCUGGUGCUUCUCGGCCUCACACAACCGGUCACCGUGUAGUCUCCACACCACCGCCCUCAUCCCGCCCGGAAUACUUUAAGCAUUCCAUUAGCGAGGGAUCGAGCACUUUGGGCAGAAACAGUGUACGGCCCAUGACUGCCGAAGCUCGCGCGCGCGAACACGCAGACAUGGAUUUCUCCAUUGCACCCGAGAGGUUUGAAGCCCUACAGGAAGGCAAAGAAUUGAAGAGUGAAGAGUUGAGUAGGAGGGGUAGUGCUGUAACGGGUAUUGAGCAAGCGACGCAGCAGCACAAGAGUCCGAAGAUCUUGAGACAUAUCUCGGGGUCGAUUAGGAAGAAGAUGGCUUCGUAA